AGAGACAAACAGAUCAAUAAGUGCUACCUGCACCAGUCAAGAACUCACAAUUACCGUCGGUGCCUGAGGAGAAGAUGACAUUUGAAAAGAUUUCUCAAGAUUUCAGCACAGAUGGCCAUUCAGUCUCUCACCGUCAAAGAUUUCGACAAGGUCUGUUUGCAGAUGGAAGCAGACCUGCGUUUCCACACCACCGACUGGUUAUACUGAGUCUGAGCCUGCUGAAUGCUGUUCUGCUGAUAGCUGCUGUUGUCACUGGGAUCUAUUGUGUCAAAGCCAAAGACUUUCAGGUUUCAGAUUCAUCUGUUUCACCCUUGUUGAUUGAAAUGAACCAUCUCCGCAACCACAGUGGUAUCAUCAAAGAGAGGCUGGAGGCCCAGGCAAAACUGGUGAAAGAGCGCACCAACCACGUGCAGCUAAAGCUCCAGGUGAAGCAGUUGAAGGUCGAAAAUGAUUUGCUUCAGCGACAAAUUGAGACACUAAAUGCAGCGAAAUCAAAUCUCCAGACAAAUAAAACUCUCUUAGAGGAAACCUGCGGCAGAUGCCCAACAGGAUGGCUCCUUCUUAAAACAUCCUGUUAUUAUUUUUCUCACCAUGAAAUAAACUCCAGAAAGAACUGGACGGAGAGCAGACAAUACUGCAUUAAUCAGGGCGGUGACUUGCUUGUCAUCAAUAACUUGGAGGAGCAGCUCCUCAUAACCGACAACUUUCAAAAAGUGAGCAGCUCUGGCGUAUGGUGGCAGAAUGGAUACUGGGUCGGCCUCACUGAUGUGGUGACAGAGGGAACGUGGGUCUGGGUUAACAAUGUGACCGAGGUGGAUUCAAUGUACUGGAGAAGUGGGCAGCCCGACAGCUCUGCUGAGGAGAAGAAGAACUGUGCUGCUUUUCUUUUCUUUACCGAUAAUGUGAAGACGUGGUACAAUGUAGAAUGUAGCAGCAAACAGCUGAACUGGAUCUGCGAGAUGGAGCCAAAGCAAACCACAAGGGGACCUCAAUGAUGAUGUUUCAAAAUAAUAAUAGCAAUAAUGUCAUAAAAUCUCUCAAAUAAAUUAGCUGUAACUUGACAUGUGAAAAAUCGUGUUAUACACUACUGUAAGUGACACGUUUUCGGUUUUUUUGUUUUUAAAGUAUUUUGACAAAACUCAGCAUAUUCAGUUGUAUAUGGGGGAAAAAUGUCUGCAGUAUCUGGUCUGUAAUGAUUUUAAGAUGUUUAAUGCUUAACUUGAUAAAAUAAAAAUUCAUCCUUAAAGAAUA